AUGGAUGAUGUUGAGGCUAGAGAGAGACGAUUAAAUGCUUUCAGGAAGCAUCAGCCGCCUACUUUUGAGGGUGGUUAUGACCCUAUUGUUGCUGCUACAUGGUUGCAGGAUCUAGAAAGGAUUCUUAGGGGUUAUACUAUUACAUGGCCUUUGUUUGAGAGGAACUUUCUUGACAAGUACUUUCCCCAAGAUGCUAGGGAAAGGAAGGAAGGUGAAUAUAAUGAUCUUGUGCAGGGUGAGAUGUCUGUUGAUGAAUAUCUGGCCAAAUUCAAUCAGUUGGCUAAGUAUGCUCACUUCAGGAGAGCUAUGCCAGAUUCAGAGUCUUUAGCUGCAAAAUUUCAGAGAGGAUUAAAUGAUAGAAUUGCAGAAAGUCUUGCAGGUUGUGGUUCCAGAGAUUUUCCCACCUUGAUUAAUCAAUGCAAGGCUGUUGAGGAUAUCCAUAGGAGGCGAAAUAACAGAAAUUCUAAAGAGUCUGAUUCCAAGAAGUCCGGUAGUUCUAAUUACUGGAAGAACAAGAAAUCUGAGGAUAAAAAUAAAUAUUUGCAGGUGAAGCAAUCAAGUAAUAAAUUCAAGAAAACUGGUUCUUCUGAGAGACCACUGAUCCCUAAGUGUAUUGGCUGUGGUAAGGAGCAUAGAGGAUCGUGUGCCACGGGCCGGGUGAUUUGUUAUAAAUGUGGCAAGACUGGCCACAACUCCAGAGACUGUCCUCAGAGAGAUGUUAGGGUUGCACCUCUUCAGAUGGUUCCUAGUCCAGCUGUCCCCGAGUCUCAGACUGUGGGACGAGUUUAUGCUAUCACUCAGCAGCAGGCGGAUAAAGCGCCUAAUUUGGUAAAAGGUACGAUCUAUAUUAAUGGUUUUGAUAUAGAUGUUUUGUUUGACAGAGGAGCUACUCAUUCUUGCAUAUCUGAUUUUAUGGCUUUGGGUUUGAAUUUGCCAAUGUAUAAAAUGUCUCCUCCUAUCAAAGUGACUACAACUACGGGGGAAAAAUAUAGUACUUCCUACAUGUGCAAGGAUGUUGAAUUUAAGUAUAAAGGCCGAGACUAUGUAAUUGACUCCAUCUGUCUACCCAUGGUUAGUCUUCAAGUCAUUUUGGGUAUGUACUGA